GGGCCGCAGAAUACGGGAGAAGAAGGGUGGAUAUACCGGUCGAUGAACCACAAGGAACACCCUCAGUUUGAGAGCGCAGAACACCCUCAGUUUGAGAGCGCAGAACACCCUCAGUUUGAGAGCGCAGAACACCCUCAGUUUGAGAGCGCAGAACACCCUCAGUUUGAGAGCGCAGAACACCCUCAGUUUGAGAGCGCAGAACACCCUCAGUUUGAGAGCGCAGAACACCCUCAGUUUGAGAGCGCAGAACACCCUCAGUUUGAGAGCGCAGAACACCCUCAGUUUGAGAGCGCAGAACACCCUCAGUUUGAGAGCGCAGAACACCCUCAGUUUGAGAGCGCAGAACACCCUCAGUUUGAGAGCGCAGAACACCCUCAGUUUGAGAGAGCAGAACACCCUCAGUUUGAGAGCGCAGAACACCCUCAGUUUGAGAGCGCAGAACACCCUCAGUUUGAGAGCGCAGAACACCCUCAGUUUGAGAGUGCAGAACACCCUCAGUUUGAGAGUGCAGAACACCCUCAGUUUGAGAGCGCAGAACACCCUCAGUUUGAGAGCGCAGAACACCCUCAGUUUGAGAGCGCAGAACACCCUCAGUUUGAGAGCGCAGAACACCCUCAGUUUGAGAGCGCAGAACACCCUCAGUUUGAGAGCGCAGAGGAACAUAAGACAGGCAGCUGGUGGAGGUGUCACGGUCUAUGUCCUGGAAAUGAUUGA